UCAGCGAUGGUGUGUGUUCCCUUACGCACGUUUUCAGUUUUUCUUUUCUCUCUCUUUCUUUUACACCCCCCACUUUCCCCCCACUCCCCCUCUCCCCUCCCCUCCCCUCCUCUUGCCUUUGUGGUCGAGUGUUCCUUUUCCAUCUGUGUGGUCUGGAGACUUGUGUUGUGGCUAUAGCAUAGGCUUCUACAUUGUUCAAGACAGGUCGGACAGAAUGAGUCGGAGCGAAGGAGGAGUUGGAGGGAGGACUGGAGGAGUUUUCCUUGAGAAUGUUUGUUUUCCUGUUUCCAAUUUGGUCGGCCAGAGGGCCUGUUCUGUCAGAGCUCCCAUUCACGGAACCUGCUGCGAGGAUGCCUGACUACGCCAUACACAACCGCCCGCGUUCUCUGGAUGUUUAUUGCGGUCGCUGUGUUGCAUUUAUCACAACGAUGCUCUUUGAGUUUAUCCAAAGUUGUUGUUCUCUGUUUGCCCGUCAUAUGGUUAUCCUUACGGUAGGCCGCGCAGAUUUUCUUUCCGUACAUGUGUAGGAGUAGAAGAGCUGUAUGUGUGCAUUUAUUCUGUAAUGUACAAUACGCAUACAGUAAAUUGCUGGUCAGUGUUGAAGAGUUGGUAUCGUGUGCGUCUGUGUUCAGCGUUGUAGUUUCUCAUCUAAUCCUUGUUUGUAUCUGUGUGUUUGGAGUCAGGCUUUGCAGUAAUUGAGAGGAGAGAGCAGUGUGAUGUGGCCCCGACUCUCAUCCAGGAUCAUCUGUGAGAACCCCUGAAGAAGACGCAAAGGAAGGACACCACGUUUUGUGAGUAAACGAAUGUGGAGACAGGACGCCAAAAGUGAACUCUUCUCACGUUAAUGGAAACAAUGGAAUAAAAUUGGAAAAGCAGCAUGGACGUGGAAUAAAGGAUAUCUCAGAGGCAGGGCAAGGGCUUUGGAUGUUCCGCCAACUCUGAAAUCUGCCUCCUGUGGAUGUGGUGCUGAUAAUGCUCUAACCCAAUGCUCAGCAGAGAUAUGGUGCGGAAAAAGAAUCCCCCUUUGAGAAGCUUCGGCGGCGAGGAAGACGAAGGCGAAGCGGCGGCGGUAGCGGAAGCUGCGGGUCCGGAGAGCGGCGAGGCAGCGGGCAGCGAGGCCUCGGUUCCAGAGGAGCGGUCCGAGCCGGGCUCCCCGAGCUCCGUCAAACCAGACACUCCUGGCUUUCAUUAUCAGCAAGCAGAAAACGCCGACGCCUCCCCGACACGAUCAGACCGCGGCCAAAGUCCUGAUGGAGAGGGUGAAGCUGUUAAGGGUGGAGCGGAGACUGAGAGACAUUCGUCAUUGCGCAGGGGGCCAGAGGCAUGCGUCAUUGUGCAGAGCUGUGCCAGCAAUGGCGAGGAAAGGCCUACCCACAGUCCUCUAGUGCCACCUGGUUCCGAAAGACUUCACACCGAGGGGGAGGAUGGAUCCGAAAUCCCUCGGCUCCCUCCCCAUCCGCUUCAGACACACAGGCAUAGUGACGAGGCCUCUAGCCCUCCGAGAGCAGAGAGCGGCGCUCCCCCGCCUUCCUCAUCCUCCUCAUCCUCCUCUUCUCCCAAGCUACAGGACUUUAAGUGCAACAUCUGCGGGUACGGCUACUACGGCAACGACCCGGCCGACCUCAUCAAGCACUUCCGCAAGUACCACCUGGGCUUGCACAACCGCACACGGCAUGACGCCGAGCUUGACAGCAGGAUCCUCGCUCUGCACAACAUGCCGCAGUUUCAAAGUCAAAGCCAGGGCAAAGACGGCAGCAGGAACCCAGGCGUCAUCGCCGACCCGGGCUCGCCCAGAGCCUCGCUACUCAAUGGCACCUAUGACGUACAGGUGACGUUAGCGGGCACCUUCAUAGGCAUUGGCAGGAAGACACCAGACUGUCAGGGUAACACCAAGUAUUUCCGCUGCAAGUUCUGCAACUUCACCUACAUGGGUAGCUCGUCAGUGGAACUCGAGCAGCACUUCCUGUCUGCCCACCCAAACAAGAUGAAGAACCCUCCGCUGGGUAUUGCUAGCUCUGAAGACAAGGCUGUGGAGGUGAAGGGGACCUGCGCACCAUGGUCGGGAGUUGAGGAGCCAGGCACAUGGGCUGAACGGGUGGCGGUCAGAGCAGAGGACGACUCGGUGGCCGGGUACUCGGUGCCGAUCCGGCCCGCGGGUUCUGACGUGCCAGCGGCAUAUUACUGGUGCAAGUACUGCAGCUUCAGCUGCGAGGCGUCCAGCUCCUCUAGACUGCUGGAGCACUAUGAGAAGCGGCACUGCCAGGCUUUAGGGCUAGACAGCAGUCCGGGAGAGAGGGAGCGAAAAGCCAGAGAGGGAGAACUAAAUGCAAAGAGGAAGGAAAACCAGAGUGGCAAGGCGGGCACAGGUACCGACUCAGAGACUGUGGUGACCAGCUACAACUGCCAGUUCUGCGACUUCCGCUACUCCAUGAACCAUGGGCCUGACGUGAUUGUGGUGGCUCCGCUGCUGCGCCAUUACCAGAGGGCGCACAGCAUCCAUAAGUGCGCGAUCAAGCAUUGCCCGCUGUGCCCGCGUGGCCUCUGCAGCCCCGACAAACACCUGGGCGACGUCUCGUACCCGUUUGCGUGUCGCAGGAGCUCGUGCCCGCACUGUGCCUUGCUCCUGCUGCAGCUAACACCCAUUGCUGGGGCCACGCCUCCACCCAGAUCCUCUGUCACCCACCUGUGCGAUCAGUGCACCUUCUCCUCCACUGAUGUGGACUUGCUGCUGCUGCACUACGACAGCGCGCACGCUCCCCGCGCCCUGCUGGAAGCCAAGCCCGAAGACGAGGCGACAGGUGAGGGAGGCGGCCGGAGCCAGCACGGAGAGUAUGCCUGCACCAAAUGCAACUUCUACACCGAGGUGGAGGAGGAAAUUUUCCGUCACUACAGGAGGGUUCACAGCUGCUGUCGGUGCCGCCACUGCAGCUUCACGGCAGCCGACACCACGUCCCUGCUCGACCACUUCAAUUCAGUCCAUUGCCAGGACUCAGGCGAGCCGGGCUCCGCCCCUGCCAAUGGCUGCUCUGCCCCCUCCACUCUCCGCAUUAAAGAGGAGAGCAAAAGCGAUCUGAAGCUCUACAGCCUGGUGCCUCCAGAGGCCAGACCGGCUGAGGCUGUCAAGACUGAAGCCCCCGAUGAGAAAGAGAAGGAGAAGUCCUGGCCUGAGGCCCGAGGAGGGUCAGAGCAGCAAAUCCAGGGCAUGCUCUGGGUGCCCAAGGAGCGAGUGGGAGAGGUGCUGCGAGGAAGCCCUGCACCGUUCCCUCACGUUACACUAGGGUUGCUAAGCUCCACCUCAGUCCCACAGGAGCAGCAUCAGAAAGGUGCAGCUGUACUCAGAGACUCGCCAGGCCUGGUGUUCAGCCUCAGUGCAGAUGCUAAGGGCUACCUGCAGGGGACGCCAGCAGGCACAGCAGCGGAGAAGCCAGGACAGCAGUACCCCAGCUCAACAGAAGGCAAGAGUGCCAAGGAAGAGUCACAAUCACUCCUGCGGAGACGGCGGGGAUCAGGGGUCUUCUGUGCCAACUGCCUGACCACCAAGACCUCACUGUGGAGGAAAAAUGCCAACGGGGGCUAUGUGUGCAACGCGUGUGGCCUCUAUCAGAAGCUCCACUCGACUCCAAGGCCACUGAACAUUAUCAAGCAGAACAAUGGCGAGCAGAUAAUCCGUCGGCGCACACGGAAACGCCUGAACCCUGACAGUGUGGCUUCAGAGCAGGCAAGCUCCAAGCAGCAGCGUGUCAGCACUGAGGAUCGGCUCAAUGGCAGCCCAUUGGAGCGCAGGUCUGACGAGCCUGGAAAUGAGCCCCACACCCAGCCAGGCAAGGGCCAGCCAAGCCCACGCUCCACCCACGCCUUCCUGCUUAGCCAGACGCUGGAGAUCCACAAGCGCAUGCCACCCCUACACGCUCACAAGAGCCCUGGCGACAGCACAGGACCUGAAGGCAACGGGCCAGGUAUGGGCACGCAGGUCGCUUCUGAAAGGGGUAGUCCCAUAGAGAAAUACCUACGUCCAUCCAAGCAGGCCAGCUACUCACCUCCAGGAAGCCCCAUUGAGAAAUACCAGUACCCUGUCUUCAGCCUACCGAUUGUUCACAGCGAGCUCCAGAACGAGGCCGACUGGCUUCGCUUUUGGACCAAAUACAAGAUGGCCGUGCCAGGAAACCCAGGCCAUUACCUCGGCCUACCUAACCCGUGCCAAAGCUUUGUGCCUUACCCCACCUUCAGCCUGCCCCCUCACUUCCCACCACCUCCGCCUUCUGGACCCGAGAGCGACACCCCUCUUGACCUGGCCAUCAAGCAUCAUUCCAAACCCAGUUCCCUGCCCAACGGUGCCACCAUGCCCAAGGAGAAGGUCCCGCUGGAAAAACGGGCAUCUCCACUGGCAAACAGAGACAAUGAGGCCAAAGAGGACGAUGGUGCUGUCCCACAGCCCAUCAAGCCGGAAAGGAUUGAUCAGGGCACCCAGGAUGAGCUGUGCAGUAAGUGUGCCCACUGUGGCAUCGUGUUUCUAGACGAAGUUAUGUAUGCCUUGCAUAUGAGCUGCCAUGGCGAUGGCGGACCCUUUCAGUGCAGCAUCUGCCUACAUGCCUGCGCUGAUAAGUAUGACUUCACCACCCACAUCCAACGAGGGCUGCACCGCCCAGCCCCUGACCCAAAUGCUAAGGUCGUGGAUGAAUGAAGCACAGUUACAGCAUUACGGAAGGAAGCUAAUAAGAGACUCAGCAGGAGAAAAACAUUGUACACAUGAAUGCGUGAGAUUUUUUUUUUUUUUUUUUCAUUGAUCAAAAUGUGCCAAGAUGCCUCCUGGCACCUCAUCAACCAAUUUAAUGGCCAUUGAUAGACAGCAUUUCUAUUCAGUCCCAUGGCAACAGACUCUUGGCUGUUUUUUAAAGAAAUGCCUUUAAGGAAAAUGGUACAAUAGGUUAUAAAUUUAGCUAUUAUUUGUUGUAUUUCUUUUAACCCAGACUUUUCAUUUUGACAAAGCAGUUCAGUAAGCUGGGUACAUCUACUCAAACUGAAUUCUGUUUAAUGUAUCAGGGCUGUUCCCAGCCUCCUGGAAAGUUCUCUCACCUGGUUUUGAACAAAGCGGGGAUGUAGGACUCUGUGUGGCAAACAGUGUGCAAACAAGCCAGUUCUUUGUCACUAUGGCAACACCAUAAGUGAGUUUCAUCCUCAAAACCAACAUCCUCAGGGAAUGUAUAUGGCUGAAAUAGAUGACAUUAGUUUAGGCCUUUCUGUCUCUGGUUAACAUUAUACUAAAUAUCUUACAGUUUAAUGUUGCUUUUCAUAAUGUAUAUUUUCCCCUUGGAGAAGUAGUGUUGGAUUACUGUUGUUACAUAAUUCCAUCGAGACAUGUUUGCUGCUGCCUCGGUUGCUGAGAUGGUAACCUGUCACUCUAGAAAUUUGGGAAGGAAUUUAAAAAAAAAAAAGAAAGAAAGAAAGAAAAGAUAUUUUUUUCUAAGUUGAUAAUAGGAAUAAUCAUAUUACCAGUGCCUGAUAAAGUAUUUUCUACCUGAUAUGUUGAUAUGCAACAUUGAACUUGCAUCUGAAUAAGGGCCUUGAGCUUGGCUCUGAAAAAGUUUACAUUUGCAAAUGUAGCAAACAAGGUAAUGAAGCAAACACCUGCUAAUUUUGUUUUUCUUUCACAUAAAAUGGAAAGAUAUGAUCAUCCAUAGUUUUUCUUGUUUUAACUUUUUAAAGGUGGACAUUAAGCAAAAGUUUAUGUUUAUCCACCAAAGGCACUAUCCAUUCCAAGCAUAGUCCUUUAUGACUUUGUUCAACCAUCUUAUUUGUGUUCUUAUGCUUUGUAGUUAAAUAGCUUGUUGUAAUGGACUUGCGUUUCCUUGUAUUUGUCUAUCGGCAUUGAACAAGGGAAGCUGAUAAAACUCAUAAGGCUUUAUGUGCUAAUUUUGGUGUCCUAGAGCUAUGGAGGAAUAGCAGCUCACACAUUACCCCCUCCACAACCUCUCUGGUCUUUCAACCAGCAUGGAUUUGAUUGAAUUCUCUGUGGAGUUCUUUGGAGAGUCAGCAUUGUCUUCUGAUUGUUCAUAUGAAACAGAUAUGAAAACUGUUGUUAAUAUUUAGUAACUGCAGGUGUUUACAGUGCCUUUUGAUGAAACUUUUCUUGGAGAGGUAUAACGUUGAUCUGCUGUUGUAAGCUACACUUUGGCUUACACUCCCCUUCACAACUCUGCAUCACAUGGAACAAAUAACUGAGAACUGUGUCUUACUUAUAAAACAAUUUGCCCUAAAAUAUCGUGAUUAUGCAUUAUUACCAAAACAUGAUCAUAAGGUCAACAACUUAAGUUAUUAGGUGAGCACGCAUUUCACUUUUCCACUUAUUUUCGAGUUACUUUUUUACACUCCGUGUUUGGUGUAACACAGUCCACAUCAGCUCACGGUUUUGUGUGCUAGUGAAUGUGUGCACACUCUAAUUUGUUUCACUGUAUGUUUCUCAUACCCACAGUCUCUUUUACUAGCCAUGGACUCAGCAAGCUGGGUCUUGUCAGGCUACACACAGACGUUAUUUAUAUGAAAUGGGGAUGUGAAAGAGAGAGAAAGAGAGAUGCUCUGGAUGUCUCGAGGACGUCUCUACAUUUCACAGAUCCUCAUGUAUAGCCUUACAAUGCUGCUUACCUGCAAAAGCCUCCUGGAAAUAAAGUGUCGCUUUUUAUUGGAGCAUUUAUACAGUUGGGUAUUACGAAGAUCUUUGUUUUCUGCAAACCUUACAAUUUGUAAUUAUGUUAAUGCUUGCACUUCAGUUAUUCAUUUUUUUUGUUUGUUUUGUUUUGUUUUGCCAAGGAAGAAAUGUGUUUUAUUAGCAUGCUAUUACUAUGAACAGGUACUGCAUUGUAAUAAGCAAACAAGAUUGUGCCUUUUUUUUUCUUCUUCUUUUUUUUUUUCUUUUCAUUUUGUUUUUUGAAGGCCUUGUAUAAGGCUUUACCAACAUUGAAACACAAAGGAGUAUUUGUUUAUGCCUGGAAGCCAGUUUGGCCCUCGUCAAGGCAGAAGACAAGACUAUGUAAAUGUUUUAACUAUUAUUUUUAGAACAAUAUUGUUUUUACACCUUUGCUGCAUUUAAAGUGCAUAGAUGAUGGUUUAGAAUUUUCUUUAUUUUGAUUUUCUUCAGCUGCCACCUUAACAUUUUUUGUGUUGUAGGUUUUACAUGCAAAAAGAUUAAAAGAUGGCAAAGAUGUCUGUUACAUCUAAACUUGAAUAAUGAUGAUGAUAAUAAUAAUAAUGAUAAUAAUAAUAAUUAAUAAAGUAAUAACGAAACAUUUUGGCAAAUUGUGCAUUGUUUUGUUUGUGCGAAUAUGCCCUCGUCACAUUUAAAACAUGGCACGGUUGUACAGUCGGUAGAGUCGCCACCUCACUGUUUCACAGAGCUCCAGGUAUCACACAUGUUCUCUUCAUGUUUCCUCAGGGGUCUCCAGUUUCCUCACAAAACAUGCCAGAAGGUGGAUUCUCCAUGCUACAUUGCCCUGAGAGGUGUGUGUGUGUGUGUGUGUGUGUGUGUGUACAUGUGUGUGAUGCCUUGCAAUGGACAGACAUCCUAUUCAGGGUGUAUUCCUGUCUCAUCCUCAGUGGUCCUGGGAUAGGCUUCAGGUCCACCACAUCCCUGACCAGGAUGAAGCAGUUACUGAAGAUGACUGUGUGAAUGAAUGAAAUGAUUAACACUAAUUAACCACAACAUCUUUGAGCUUUAUUUCUUGGAACAAACAAAAUCCCACAUCUCUCGCCCAUCAGCUCUGAAGAUAACAGAUCCCUAAGUCCACCAGUUAAACACCACGGUAGUCCAGACAUGCACAUGACAUGCAUAAUCACAUGAUACAAUAAAACCUAAACCUAAACGUCUCAAAUGACAUUAUUUUUGUAUCUCCUAUCUCUCUAGGCUGUUGUUUAAGGGCUCAAAUCUCAAAGAGCUCAAAAUACAAUUCUAUUGAAAAUAUAAUUAAAUAUACACGUGAAUAUAUACAAUUACGGUUUAUGUAAAAAAAAUUUCUAAAAAAUAUGAGAAUUUAAUAUAAUGACUAUUAGAAUUGUGUAACCUUUAAUUCUGGUUUUAAAGGAAUCAGGCUAACUUAAUUUGUUUUCAUAAUUACAAUGUUAUAAUGCAUUUAUUUUCCUUUUAGUAAAUGUUACAUCAACUCAGUAAUGCUUUGCUAUAAUCUAAGGUUUAUUAUACACGGUGUUGCUUUUUGUUAGCUUUGGUCACGAGCGGUUUAUGAAUGGAAAUUCAAUGUUACUCUUAAUUAACUCAAUUAACACAAGCAUUUCAGUUUUCUACCCCAUCCGGGGUG